ACGAGCACCUCGAGGCGCUCCUGCGUAGAAAUCUCGCCCUUGCGCUUUCCGACGGUGCGGCCGAUCAAGCGCGCACCCAAGCUAGCGGCACCGGUGCCAUCGCCGCCUGCCAUCCGUUCCCUGUCGAGCCCAGGCGGCACGUCUUCUCAACACCAUGAGCGCUCCCCAACCAGGCGGCAGCCCGCCGCAGCCCCAAAUCCAACCUUGUAGGUACAAGGUGGGCAAGGUGCUCGGUGCGGGGUCGUACUCGGUCGUGAAGGAGUGCAUCCACAUCGACACGGGGCGGUACUACGCCGCCAAGGUGAUCAACAAGCGCCUGAUGGCCGGUCGUGAGCAUAUGGUGCGGAACGAAAUUGCGGUCCUAAAAAAGGUGUCUAUGGGCCACCAAAACAUCCUGACCCUCGUCGACUACUUCGAGACCAUGAACAACCUGUACCUGGUCACGGACCUCGCCCUUGGCGGCGAAUUGUUUGACCGCAUCUGCCGCAAGGGGUCCUACUACGAGUCCGAUGCCGCCGAUCUGAUCCGAGCCGUCCUCUCCGCCGUCGCCUAUCUGCACGACCACGGCAUCGUCCAUCGCGACCUGAAGCCCGAGAACCUGCUGUUCCGCACCCCGGAGGACAACGCAGACCUCCUCAUCGCCGACUUCGGCCUCAGCCGCAUCAUGGACGAGGAGAAGUUCCACGUGCUGACCACCACCUGCGGCACGCCGGGCUACAUGGCACCCGAGAUCUUUAAGAAGACCGGCCACGGCAAGCCCGUCGACCUGUGGGCGCUUGGCGUCAUCACGUACUUCCUCCUGUGCGGCUACACACCGUUCGACCGCGACUCGGACUUCGAAGAGAUGCAGGCCAUCCUCAACGCCGACUACAGCUUCACGCCGCUGGAAUAUUUGCGCGGCGUGUCAGACAACGCCAAGGACUUCAUCCGUCGCUGCCUGACCAUCGACGCGUCCAAGCGCAUGACGGCGCACGAGGCGCUGCAGCACCCCUUCGUGGCCAGCUGGGCGCGCGUGGGCGCCGGCGAGGGCGCGGACAGGGGCCAGAACCUGCUGCCCACGGUCAAGAAGAACUUCAACGCGCGCCGCACCCUGCACGCCGCCAUCGACACCGUCCGCGCCAUCAACAAGCUGCGCGAGGGCCAGGCCGGCGGCUUCAUGAACGGCGAGCGCAGCAGAGAACCCGCGCGGAAUAUCCCGCUGAACCCGAACCCGAACCCAGGCCAGAACCAAAAUCAGAGCCACAACCCGCCGCCAUCCCACAGCGACAACGCCCAACCCCCGCAGCCUCGCCAUGACGACAGCGGCAUCUCGGUCGGGGUCGGCGCCCAGCCGCAGCAACAGAGCCAGUUCCAAGACAGCGGCUACACGACACAGGAAGGGGAUGGCGACAUCAGCAUGAACGAUGCCCCGCUUCAGCCACCCCCUCCUCACUCCGCUACCGGUGCUGCACACCAACAAGCACAUCCGCAGCAACCACCACAGCAACAACAACAGCCUCAACCACAGCACCAGGAGCCAACACAGGCGCAGCAAGGCCACCACCUGCCGCCGGCGCAUGCCGUGCCGGCGAGCCUGCGGCCGGGGAACGAGGCGAAUCGCGUCAUCGAGACAAGCAGAGGGCUGUGGAGCGGGGUGGGGAGCCGCCGGUGAGCGGGGAGCGGGGAGCGGGCGCUGUGAGCGCUGCUGCUGCUGCCGAUGAUGCCCGCUUUGCCUAGGUAUCUAGAUUAAACUCCUCGGUCUUCAGCUGUUGGGUAUGGGGAAGGGAAGAGAAGGGAAGGGACAAGGGGUGAAUGGGAGAAUGCACCGUGGGAGUUGGGAGCGUUUCGGAGGGAAGCCUGGGCCU